AUGCGUGUUAGUGAAUGUGAGUACGGGGAAGCAGCGGCCGCCAUUUCAGAGAGUCUGCAGACGCCGUCGCAGGGUUGAAUCCUGAGCUGCCGAAGUCUCCGUCCUGCACUCCCGCGCGGGCUUCUCUAAUCCCAUUGUUUCUUUUAGAUUCGCUCGGGCCUAUCCGCCCUCGGAGCCCGAAAUUCGGGCUGGGCGUACCGCGGCCCGGGCCUAGAGACUUAACUGUAGCAACCGCGGCGGCGACGGCAGCUGCAGCAGCCCUCCUCUUUCCGGAUACGAGCACCACAGGGGCCCAGAAGCCCGCGCAGGCGUUUAGAGAAAAUGGCAGACGAUAUUGAUAUUGAAGCAAUGCUUGAGGCUCCUUACAAGAAGGAUGAGAACAAGUUGAGCAGUGCUAAUGGCCAUGAAGAACGUAGCAAAAAGAGGAAAAAAAGCAAGAGCAGAAGUCGUAGUCAUGAACGAAAAAGAAGCAAAAGUAAGGAACGGAAGCGAAGCAGAGAUAGAGAAAGGAAAAAGAGCAAAAGCCGUGAAAGGAAGCGAAGUAGAAGCAAAGAAAGGAGACGGAGCCGCUCAAGAAGUCGAGAUCGCAGAUUCAGAGGCCGCUACCGAAGUCCUUACUCCGGACCAAAAUUUAACAGUGCCAUCCGAGGAAAGAUUGGGUUGCCUCAUAGCGUCAAAUUAAGCAGACGACGUUCCCGAAGCAAAAGUCCAUUCAGAAAAGACAAGAGCCCCGUGAGGGAACCUAUUGAUAAUCUAACUCCUGAGGAAAGAGAUGCAAGGACGGUUUUCUGCAUGCAGCUGGCAGCAAGAAUUCGGCCAAGGGAUCUGGAAGAGUUUUUUUCUACAGUAGGAAAGGUUCGUGAUGUGAGGAUGAUUUCUGAUAGAAAUUCAAGACGGUCCAAGGGAAUUGCUUAUGUGGAGUUUGUUGAUGUUAGCUCAGUGCCUCUAGCAAUAGGAUUAACUGGCCAACGUGUUUUAGGAGUGCCAAUCAUAGUACAGGCGUCACAGGCAGAAAAAAACAGAGCUGCAGCAAUGGCAAACAAUCUACAAAAGGGAAGUGCUGGACCUAUGAGGCUUUAUGUGGGCUCGUUACACUUUAACAUAACUGAAGAUAUGCUGCGGGGGAUCUUUGAGCCUUUUGGAAGGAUUGAAAGUAUCCAGCUCAUGAUGGAUAGUGAAACAGGUCGAUCCAAGGGAUAUGGAUUUAUUACGUUUUCUGAUUCAGAAUGUGCCAAGAAGGCUUUGGAACAACUUAAUGGAUUUGAGCUAGCAGGAAGGCCAAUGAAAGUUGGUCAUGUUACUGAACGAACUGAUGCUUCCAGCGCUAGCUCCUUUUUGGACAGCGAUGAACUGGAAAGGACUGGAAUUGAUUUGGGAACAACUGGUCGUCUUCAAUUAAUGGCAAGACUUGCAGAAGGUACGGGUUUGCAGAUCCCACCAGCAGCACAGCAAGCUCUACAAAUGAGUGGCUCCUUGGCAUUUGGUGCUGUGGCAGAAUUCUCUUUUGUUAUAGAUUUGCAAACAAGACUUUCUCAACAGACUGAAGCUUCAGCUUUAGCUGCAGCUGCCUCUGUUCAACCUCUUGCAACACAGUGUUUUCAACUCUCUAACAUGUUUAACCCUCAAACAGAAGAAGAAGUUGGAUGGGAUACAGAGAUUAAGGAUGAUGUGAUUGAAGAAUGUAAUAAACAUGGAGGAGUUAUUCAUAUUUAUGUUGACAAAAAUUCAGCUCAGGGCAAUGUGUAUGUGAAGUGCCCAUCAAUUGCUGCAGCCAUUGCUGCUGUAAAUGCAUUGCAUGGCAGAUGGUUUGCUGGUAAAAUGAUAACAGCAGCAUAUGUACCUCUUCCAACUUAUCACAACCUCUUUCCUGAUUCUAUGACAGCAACACAACUACUGGUCCCAAGUAGACGAUGAAGGAAGAUAUAUAGUCUCUUAUGUACAUAGCUCUUUUUCUUUUGAGAAUUCAUCUUGAGUUAUCUUUUAUUUAGAUAAAAAUAAAGAGGCAAGGGUCUACUGUCAUUUGUAUACAAUUCCUGUUACCGUGAAAAAAUAAAAAUGUUAACAGGAA